AAUAGUUCGUUACUAUUUGAAAAAUAUCACCCUCGAACUAAUAUUUGGGGAAAAUGCUUCCAAGCAUUGACUUGGCAAAUACCCUUCACCUCCCAUUGAUUUGGGGUAAAUAAAACACCCAUGUUUAAACAACAUGGCGGUUGACAGUAAUCUGGGUUAGCAACAAAUGUAGACAUUUAUCUCUACAUCUUUGCAAACCACUGAGUGCUGAAUUCUCGAAAAAAAGUAAAUUAGCUAUCUAUUCUACUGCUGAAAAAAUACAACGGAUUUCCGGUUUCUAGUUGUUCGUUAAUCUCAACGACAGAAUGAGCAACAUCUACAUUCAAGAGCCUCCAUCAAAUGGAAAGUGGUGCCAGAGUUCAUUGUCCAAGGAGGAGAUCCCACAGGCACCUGGACGGUGGAGAGCCCAUCUAUGGACAGCAGUUCAAGGAUGAGUUCCACUCCAGACUGCACUUCAACAGACGAGGCCUGGUUGCCAUGGCCAACGCAGGGCCCCAUGACAAUGGCAGCCAGUUCUUCUUCACCCUGGGCCGGGCAGAUGAGCUCAACAACAAACACACCAUCUUUGGAAAGGUGACGGGUGAUACAAUGUACAACAUGCUCAGGUUAGCAGAAGUGAAAUGUGAUCAGGAGAAAAGACCUUUAAAUCCACACAAGUUACGAACCACUGAGCGACGAGCUUCGUCAAGAGGCUCGCUAGUUGAAGAAGGACCUACUGGACAUCAAAAAGAGAAGAGAAGACCUCGCCAAUCCUCCACAGAAGGAGGAGGGAAGAUGAGGAGGAAAAUAAGCCGGGUAGCGAGGCGGUGGCGGAAUAUCUGGAGUGCAAGAAGAAAUAUGAGGAAACAAACUGAAGAAGGGAUCCAGCAGAAAGACGCAGACGAUGGCGCUGCUGGACCGUUUCAAGUCCAAGCUGUCUUCAGCCAUCCCUGAGACAGGACCCUGAGGAGCUGGCGGAGGAUGAUGACAAAGGAUGGAUGGCCCAUGUUCUCCAGUUUGAUGAGCAAACCAGAAAAGUCAAGGAUGCCAUCAUGCAGGACGAAGACAUGUUUGACAUCUAUGAUCCACGCAACCCCGUCAACAAACGGCGGAGUGAGGACGACGGUCAGGAGUUAGGCCUGGAGGUUAACCCCAGCCAUGUGACAGACCAGGCCUCACUCCUCUCUUCCGCUCUAACCCACCACUUCAAAACAACUGUCUCUCCUUCCUGUUAAACUGUGUGAACUUUGAACCCUGGAAUGCCAUGAAGCAC